AAAUGUCGGCCUAAGUUAGCAUUUGUCAUGAUUAUCAUGUUGAAAUAGUUUUGACACUAGUUCUAAAAUCAAGAGCAUAGCAUCAUCAUUCAAUUUCAAAUAUCACAGUAGAAAAACGAUCUACACUAACACUAGGGUGCAUUUUGUGAUGUGAAUGUGAGUGAAUAAGCAUUUAGAUUAAAGAAGAAAAAGAAGAAGAAGAUGAGUCAAGGAUCUUCAGCUUCUCAAUCGUUAGCUUUCCGUGUCAUGAGACUAUGCCGUCCAUCCUUCAACGUCGACCCUCCUCUUCGUAUCGAUCCCGACGACCUCUUCGUCGGCGAAGAUUUCUUCGAUGAUCCCUCCGCCCCUUCCUCCGCCGACCUCAUCUCCCCUGAUUCCGAUCCCAGUUAUCGCGACCGAUUCCUCCUUCAUCAUUUCUCCGAUUCAAUGGGUCUCUCUGGUCUCCUCGUUCUCCCUCAAUCCUUCGGUGCAAUUUACUUGGGAGAAACUUUCUGUAGCUAUAUAAGUAUAAACAAUAGCUCCAAUUUUGAAGUCAGAGAAGUUAUUAUCAAGGCUGAAAUCCAAACAGAGAGACAGAGAAUACUUCUUUUAGAUACGUCGAAAUCACCAGUUGAUACUAUACGUGCUGGUGGGCGUUAUGAUUUUAUUGUGGAACAUGAUGUCAAAGAGCUUGGACCUCACACGCUGGUUUGCACUGCAUUGUACAAUGAUGGUGAUGGUGAGCGUAAAUAUCUUCCCCAAUUUUUCAAGUUCAUCGUUGCCAAUCCACUUUCUGUUAGGACAAAGGUCCGUGUUGUCAAGGAAACUACCUUUUUGGAAGCUUGUAUUGAAAACCAUACCAAAUCAAACCUUUUCAUGGACCAAGUUGAUUUUGAACCUGCUCAGCAUUAUAGUGCAUUAAUACUUAGAGGUGAUGGGCACCAUUCUGAGAAAGAUAGUCCUAUAAGUGAGACAUUUAAGCCGCCAAUACUAAUAAGAUCUGGCGGAGGAAUUUACAACUAUCUCUAUCAAUUGAAGUCAUCAUUGGAUGAUUCUGCUCAAACUAAAGUCGAGGGAAGUAACGUUCUUGGUAAACUCCAGAUAACAUGGAGAACAAAUUUGGGUGAACCCGGUCGUCUGCAGACCCAGCAGAUAUUGGGGACUCCAACAACAAAGAAAGAGGUUGAGUUGCAAGUUGUAGAGGUUCCAUCUAUCAUUAACCUUCAAAUACCAUUCACGCUAAAAUUAAAUCUUACGAACCUGACAGAGAGAAAGCUGGGGCCGUUUGAAGUUAGUGUAUCCCAAAAUGUAUUGUCUGGGGAGAACGUUGUUAUGAUUAAUGGCCUUCAAUCAAUGGUUUUAUCACAGAUUGAGGCUUUAGGAUCCACUAAUUUUCACCUGAAUCUCAUAGCUACUAAACCUGGAAUUCAGAGAAUAACGGGCAUUACAGUAUUUGAUACGAGGGAGAUGAAAUCUUAUGAACCACUUCCUGAUUUAGAGAUUUUUGUGGACUUGGAUUAAAAGUGUGGCCAUAGCAACCGGUUUGGUCAGAAGUGGUUAACGAUGCAAUCCUUUCAAAAGGUUGAUCUACUAAACUCCACAGGGUGUUCUGUAUCAUUGAUGCGCCUUAUCAGAUCGUCCAAGUCCUUAAUUUUAUAGCUUUGACAUCUAGGAUAAGAUUGUUUUCCAAGUCAGGGUCACAAGAUCCUACAUGAUCCCAAAGUUGUCUGCAAACAUCUGUAAACAACUUGUUUGGGCUAAGUGAAAUCAAAACGCACAUUCAACUUGUAGACUCAUAAAUUCAUAUAGUUUACCUCAUAUUAAAAUAUACAUUUUAACUUGUUUAAA